UACUUUUGUCACCCCUCUGCAUCUCCGUAAGUCACGAAUACUCAGCAUCAAAAACGCCAUCUUUUUGCGGAUGGCCCUGGCCGCUAUAAGGCUGCUGUGUUUCUGCCUUUCGCCUUAUCCUUCCUCUCUUCUAUAAACAGAUUUUCUAUUACGGACUAUGCCUUCUAGGGAACAAGUUGCUAACUUUGCUGCCGGACCCGCAGCCAUGCUGACGCCUGUCGUCGAGCAGUUUGGCAAGGAUUUUGUAAACUUCUUGGACUUGGGUAUGGGUGUUGCUGAGAUUUCGCACCGUAGCAAACAGGGCGGUGGAAUUGUUUCGUCGGCCGAGGAGAACCUUCGUAAGCUGUACAAGCUCCCUGACGACUUCUCUAUUCUUUUCAUGCAAGGAGGUGGCACUGAGCAGUUUGCUGCUGUUUUGUACAACAUUUACGCUCACCAUGCCGCCAAGCGUCCCGAGGUUGCCAAGGACUUGGUCGCCAAUUACGUGGUUACUGGUGCCUGGAGUAAGAAGGCUUACUUGGAGGCCGAACGUCUUGGUUUCCCUUGCCAUAUCGCCGUUGACAUGAAGCAAGUCUCUGGCAAGUAUGAUUCUCUUCCUCGUAAGGAGGACUUGAACUUCACUCCUGCAGACAAGACUGCCUUCGUGUACUACUGUGACAACGAGACCGUUCACGGUGUCGAGUUCAAUGGUCCUUUGGAGCACGUUCCCGAAGGUGUUAUUCGUGUGGUUGAUACCUCCUCCAACUUUAUUUCUCGUAAGAUGGACUUUUCCCACUACGAUGUUGUGUUUGCUGGUGCUCAGAAGAACGCCGGUCCCGCUGGUAUCACCAUCGUCUUUGUCCGUAACUCCAUUCUUGAGCGUCCCGAGCCCAAGGAGUUGCACAAGGUUGGCAUUCCCGUUGGUCCCACUGUCGGUGACUACAAGAUUAUGGCUGACAACCAUUCCCUUUACAACACUUUGCCCAUUGCUACCUUGCACGCCAUCAAUCUCGGCUUUGACUACAUGUUGGCCCACGGUGGUUUGGAGAACUUGGAGAACGAGUCCAAUGAGAAGUCCCAGCUUCUCUACCAAACUUUGGAGAAAUACCCCUUGUUCAAGGUUGUUGUCAAGCCUGAAGCACGCAGCCGCAUGAACAUCACCUUCCGUAUCGAGCCCGAAUCCUUGGAGGCCGAGUUUUUGAGUGGUGCCGAGAAGCUUCACCUUAUGCAACUCAAGGGCCAUAGAAGUGUUGGUGGCAUUCGUGCUUCGUUGUAUAACGCCGUUACUUUGGAGCAAACGAAGCGUUUGGUUGCUUAUGUUGAAGAGUUUGCGAAGUCUCAUUAGCUGCAUGCUCUUCCGUGUGCAUAGCAUAGAAAACAAAAAAAAAAUAUGACAGUAUAUGAGUACAUCUGAAACAACGAUUGGUGUAUGUGUGUGUG